GCGGAGUCCUCCCUCAUCACCAGCAGCAGGGAAGUGAUGUCAGUCAGACACCUCCAGCAGAUUACUGACAGAGCGGAGACAGCAACAGGGGGAGAAUUUAACGAACCUCCUCAAAAUCCACCUUCAUCCGCAAAGAAUUAACAAGUAUCCAUAUCAAAAACAGCGGGAGCAUAAAGUACGAACUGCAACCUUUUUAACAAGCUGCGUAUUAGCACAAUAUGAGGUUAGUAGGGUUUUAAAAUAAGUGGCGAAAGAUUGGGAGAGCUGAAUUCAUCCGGAGACAACAUAACGUCACAAGAAGACACAAUUCAUCGCUCCAGGAGGGUUUUAAUGUGUUGGGUGUUUUGAACAGGCUUUGCCGGUUAAACCUAAACAUUUUUUUGGGCUUUUUUGAAGCUAGCGAGCGCGCUUGCUAGCUAGCCGAAGACAGAUCGCUUAAAACCAUGGAGUUAAGAGUGGGAAACCGAUAUAGACUGGGCAGGAAGAUAGGCAGUGGAUCGUUUGGGGACAUCUACCUGGGUACCGAUAUCUCAGUUGGAGAGGAGGUAGCCAUCAAGUUGGAAUGUGUGAAGACCAAACACCCCCAGCUCCACAUCGAGAGCAAAAUCUACAAGAUGAUGCAGGGUGGAGUGGGUAUUCCGACAAUAAAGUGGUGCGGGGCCGAGGGGGACUACAACGUGAUGGUGAUGGAGCUGCUGGGGCCCAGUCUGGAGGACCUGUUCAACUUCUGCUCUCGAAAGUUCAGCCUCAAGACAGUCCUGCUGCUGGCUGACCAGAUGAUCAGCCGCAUUGAGUACAUCCACUCCAAGAACUUCAUCCACAGAGACGUGAAGCCAGACAACUUCCUGAUGGGGCUGGGCAAGAAGGGCAACCUGGUCUACAUCAUCGACUUCGGCCUGGCCAAGAAGUACCGCGACGCCCGCACACACCAGCACAUCCCCUACCGCGAGAACAAGAACCUGACCGGCACCGCCCGCUACGCCUCCAUAAACACACAUCUGGGCAUCGAACAGUCCAGGCGGGACGACUUGGAGUCGCUGGGCUACGUCCUCAUGUACUUCAACCUGGGUUCUCUGCCCUGGCAAGGCCUCAAAGCUGCCACCAAAAGGCAGAAGUACGAACGCAUCAGUGAGAAGAAAAUGUCCACGCCAAUCGAGGUCCUCUGCAAAGGCUACCCAUCCGAGUUUGCCACCUACCUGAACUUCUGCCGCUCGCUGCGCUUCGACGACAAGCCUGACUACUCGUACCUCCGCCAGCUCUUCAGGAACCUCUUCCACAGACAGGGCUUCUCCUACGACUACGUCUUUGACUGGAACAUGCUCAAAUUUGGUGCCAACAGGGCCGUGGAGGACGCAGAGAGGGAGCGUCGGGAGCGCGAGGAGAGGCUGAGGCACAGCAGGAACCCCGCAGCCAGGGGCAUGCCCUCGGCCUCUGGAAGAGCCAGGGCAGCUCCGGACGUCGCAGCCCCCUCACCACUCAACCCUGCCUCACACACAGGUCUGGAGAAGGAGAGGAAGGUGAGCAUGCGUCUUCAUCGUGGGGCACCUGUCAACAUCUCCUCUUCAGACCUGACGGGACGCCAGGACACAUCCCGCAUGUCCUCACAGGCCCUGUCCCGGGUCACACCCAGUGGCCUUCAGUCCGCGGCUCCACGGUGAAACCCUCCCAUCCAUCCGUGCACCAUGUAGGCCUCAACGUGCUCCACCUGCAGCGUACACACACACACACACACACCCACCCCUAAAUAUUAAGACACACAGGACUCUUACAUGACACAGAGGACUACCAACUAAUGCUGAGUCCGGCUGCGCUCUUGUUCACUUGACAGAGGAAAAGAUGCACAACCAGGAGUGUAUGUGUGUUUGUGUGUGUGUGUGUGGGGGGGGGGGAUGGGAGGUAGGCGGGUGGAGUACAGUUUGGUAGCAGCCACGGCUUCCCUUCUUUUCCAAUGGAAGAUGUGGAAGCCCCUCUCUUACAGUUGAUCAAGCCAUGGAUUCACUUUCUUUUUAAACUUUUGGUUUUACUUAUUUUUGUUCUUUAGCAUUAAAACUUCUCUGACACCAGCUCCACUGAUCAGACUUCACAAGGGCUGGAGAAUGAUUCUGUAAGCUGUUAAAAAUAGUGCGUGGGACAUUUUUGAUUCUGAAAGCAGGAAGACGUGUGAUCCAUCGUGGCCGCGUUAAAGGACACUGACUCCUUAAACCCCACAAGUCAACUUUUUAUUUUGUUUAAAUGUGUUUUAAAGGUAGGAUGAACCCCCUUGUUUUUAAGAAUAGGACAAAAGAUAUUUGAAUGUUCUAUUUUCAAAGGCGAUCCCAUAUAUCCCCCAGAGUAUUUUUUUUUUUUUUUUUUUUUUGGUCCUCCUCAGGUGCAUUGGAACCAGGAUGUUGUAGUAAAUCCAAAAACACACGGCACAUUUUCUGUCUGUCUUCAGGUUGUGAUGCAGUGUGCUGCCUUGGAAAGCUGUGAAUGAAUCGAUCUGUCCACAUUGAAUGGAUGAGAUGUUGUUUUUAAGCCGGUGAAUAGUGAUGUGGUUUUGUGUGUGUUUGUGUGGUUCUGUCUUAGGGUUAUACAAGCUUAAAGGGGGUGGGGAUAAACAUGUUGAGGCGUAUUUACUUUUCGGGUUUUAACAUCCUGACCUCACUCUGGACCACUUAACCCUCUGGCCAUUUCCUACCUAGACCUCGUCAAACGCUCGCGGUCUGCCUAACACGUGCUUAAAUAAUGGCAUUUUUCCAAUGGAAUGCUACAUCAUACUACUCUACAGUUUUCAGUCAACUAGCACAGAGGAAACAAGGAGCUGGUAUAGCCAACUACUCCACAAUGGUUAUUUUGCAGUCGUUAUUGUUGGAGAAAUGCAUCCUGGUAAGCAAAACAAACGGCUCUUUAGUGAGUUUGGUCUUCUAGCCUUAUUUAAAUCCUUUAACACUGACUACGUGCCAAUACAGCAGAUGUGUACAACCAAACUAUGUCUACUCUAUUGGAGCCAGUCUGUCCUUGACAUGUGACAACAUUAAAGGCACACUCCACCAAGUUUACACAUCAAGAUCAGUUUAUUAGUCACGAAGAGCACUGCUCAGCCUGUGAAAACGGGUGUAGAUUGUCAUCUGUAGAGAAGACUAUUGAGUUGCAUCAUGGGAAAUGUAAGAUCCAGGGCUUUUGGGGAUUGAUCCACACAAUGGGGGGGGGGGGGGCUUAUAUCUUAUCCCCUUUUGCCUUCCUUUUGACCAUUUUUUUUCUUCUUCUUUUAGUCUGUUGCAAGUCCCACAACUUAAUUGGAGCACAAUACUAAAUGCCAAGUGUUCCUGAUUCCACUCCUCGGACGUUUGAUGUAUCCUCAAAUAAAAAAAAAAAAUUUAAAAAAAAAAGGGUGGCACAAUAAGGUUCAGAGAUACAACAGACUAAAGGUUUAAUGUAAUUAGAACAGUUCAAUUAAACCUCGAUCAGCUGAUCUUUCUGACCAACUCGGGACAUCCCCAUGAGAAGUUCUGACGAGAGCUGUGAGAGUCCGGGUAGAAAAUGGACCGGUGUGCCUUUAAAAUCAGGCUAAAUGGAAAGUGAGGAGGUUUUGGAGAGCGAGGUUUUCGGACUGAGCGUUGUCUUAAGAAAAGGUCCUGGCGCUGCUGGAGCUACGAGCCCCAGUGACCUGCGUCCUUCAUCUGAGCAGUCGGCCGAACCGACCAAUGAAUCCUGCCGAUUUGGUAGUAGGAAAUCCUCGAUAUGGUAGACUGGUUGCAAAGUAUUGUUGGCCGUUUUUCUGUAGUUUGAGGGAAAAGGGGUUGUAGUGGUAAUUUGUACAUGUUUGUUCUGUUGUGUAUAGGAUGUGCUUACUGUCUACCACGUCCUCAUGAGCCGCUGUACGGUUCCGGAUAAGAACAGCGGUGUAUGGAGGGACUGGGAAUGCCUCACUCCAUUAGCUUAAAAUAUAUAUCCCUCCCUCCCUCACCUGGGGGCUUGAAAAACAAAACAAAAAAAAAAAAAGUGAUGGAUUUUUUGUCACACUGAUGAUGGCUAUGAUAGAUGCAAGUACACUUUAAGGGAUAAUAGUUUUUUUUCAGUCUGUCAUGUCUGCUUCUCUCAGUUCUUUAUUUUGUCACCUCCUGUCCAAUGUUGCUUUUAACUGCAGUGGAUAUGGUCGCUCAUGUCCCACAAUGCAUCUCUUACUGUGGAUUCAUGGGAAAUCUCUCUUUCCGCUCCCACCUUAAGACUUUUGCUCCUCAUUUGUAAUGCCACUGUAUUUGUGUAUUUUAAAAGUGUAAAUAAAUUAAUAAGUACUUGUA